CAUUAUUUCCUUUUUUCUCUUUGCCUCUAUUUGUUCUGAAUAUAUCUAUUUUGCCCAUAUUGGGAUAUAUCUGGGGACUUAAAUUGGUUUUUUUCUAGUAUGUUUCGCGGUUGGAAUAUGUCUGCCUGCCUACGUAUCUAUCUACUUACCAGAUCCCGACUGCAUUCCUGCGCCUGCAAUGAUGCUCGUAGGAACAACGCUUUUGCUCCGGGCGGAUAUGAGGAGGAUUUGAUCCUAGGACGACUGGAAACGCGACUUCGAUACCGUACCGAACAAUUUGCGAAGCUUGAUUCCCAUUACUCACCUCUUUAUACAACCUUGCCUAAGACUAAGAGGGGACACAAGGGGAGAUACGGACGAAACAGCUUGAAUUCGAAAACAAUUCCACCUCCGACAGAAACACAAAACCUACACCGCGAACAGCAAAGCAACAAUACGUUGUAAUUGUCCUUCCUCACCUCACUCACUAUCUUCACGCUUUUCACU